AUGACAACGACAGCAUUAUCACAGAUGAAUAAUUCGGCAUUAACAGCUCAUCAAUUGAAUUUACUUAGUGCAACUUCAGCAGUAGCAUCAAACCAUUUGACCGGAACUACUUCAUCACCAAUCUGUUCCACUUCAGUGGCAAUGUUUAAUUCUGGCUGUCAUCCACUACAACAGUACUUAAAUUUAACCAAUCAGUAUAGUCAACCAGUACCAAUGCUUCCACCAGUUACGAAUAUAUUCGAAGGUGUCCCAAUAUUUCUCCUCCCUCAGUCAUCUUCAUGUUCUCCAGCAAGCGCUUUAUACUACAAUCCAUAUCAGCGAUCUAUUGCCGAAACGAGAACAAACGUGUGUCCAGGAAGUCAAUCACCAAAAGUGGAUACAAGUAAGAAUUUUCAUGUAUUUGUUGGCGACUUGGCUACCGAAGUAGACAACUGUACGUUGAAAGCAGCUUUUGAAAGCUUUGGAGAAAUCUCUGAGGUCAAAGUGAUUAGAGACCCUCAAACAUUGAAAUCGAGAGGUUAUGGCUUUGUGUCAUUCUCUCUUAAAGAGAGUGCGGAGAAGGCAAUCGAAGAAAUGAACGGACAGAUGAUCGGACGACGGCAAAUACGUACAAACUGGGCAGUGCGCAGAUCUGAUGGAGGCGAAGAGAAUGUGAUGAAACCAUCCACGUACGACAAUAUAUUCAAUGCAACCCAUGCUACCAACACAUCUGUUUAUGUAGGCGGCAUUUCACCUGCUACCACGGAUGAAGAACUUAUACGGUCGUUUUCCGCAAUUGCUACUGUAACCGAAGUACGAGUAUUUAAACAGCAAGGAUAUGCGUUCGUACGAUAUUCGAGUAAGGAAGCUGCAGCUCGAGCUAUUAUGUCAAUGAAUGGAAAAGAGAUAAACGGUCAGAAAAUAAGAUGCAGUUGGAGUCGAACAGCUACGGAUCAUAAUAUUAAUAUAUCAAAUCAAACAGUUGGUGUAAAUUUUUUGACAAACAACAUCAUGGGAUUCAGUCCACUUAUAAAUCCAAUAGCAUGGAAUCAAAAUCAGUGCUCGCCACAGUUUUGUGGACAUCCAUUACUUUUUAAUCAACAUUUAUGACUCAGACAAAGAAGGUAA